CGAACCACUACUCUUGUUUUUAAAAGGCCAUAAAUAGUUCGUUUUUCCCUUGCCUUCCACUGCCUUUGCUUUUGAUAUCCCUCUCAUCAAUAGUACCAUGAAGUUGGUUGGUGUGUUGAUUUGCUUGUUGGUUGUGGCGAUGGAUAUUGUUGCCGGGCUGCUCGGGAUCGAAGCCGACAUAGCUCAAAACAAGGUGAAGCAUCUUCGAUUAUGGAUAUUUGAAUGUAGAGAUCCAAGUGAGCAAGCUUUUAAAUUGGGAUUAGGAGCAGCAGGGCUUUUGGGAUUGGCUCAUAUUAUUGCUAAUUUGCUUGGUGGUUGUAAUUGCAUUUGCUCUCAAGAUGAGCUUGAAAAAUCUCCUCCAAAUAGACAAAUCUCCAUUGCUUGCCUCGUUUUCACUUGGAUAAUUCUUGCUGUGGGAAUGUCUAUGUUGGUGAUUGGAGCAAUGGGGAACAACAAAUCAAGAGCAAGUUGUGGAUUCACACACCAUCAUUUUCUGUCAAUUGGUGGGAUUUUGUGUUUUGUUCAUGGCUUGUUUUGUGUUGCUUAUUAUGUUACUGCAACUGCUGCUGAGUAAUAUUGGGAAAUGAGAAAAAUGUUCAAAUGGGAAAUUUCUUCUUCUUCUUUCUUUUCUUUUUUUUUUCUUCUUUUAAUCUAAUUAAAGUUGAAUGAUGUAAGAUAUAUACUUUGACCCCAUUUUCAUUUUUAUUUAUUCUUCUUUUGAUUUGGCAAAUCAGACAAAAACUUACCUA